GGUGAAGAAGUGAAUCCGAAGGCAUUUCCUCUGGCAGAAGCGACAUUGACCCAGAAGUUACUGAAUUUGGUCCACCAAGCAGCCAACUACCAACAGCUAAAGAGAGGAGCAAAUGAAGCUACCAAGGCUCUUAACCGAGGAAUUGCAGAGAUGAUCGUAUUGGCAGCAGAUGCAGAGCCCCUUGAAAUUUUGCUCCACUUACCAUUAUUGUGUGAAGACAAGAAUGUUCCCUACGUUUUUGUAAGGUCUAAAACUGCCUUGGGCCGUGCCUGUGGUGUGUCACGGGCCGUCAUGGCGUGUGCUAUAUUAUCUAACGAGGGUUCUCAACUUAAACCUCAAAUCACAAUUAUGCAUCAAGAAAUAGAAAAGCUCCUUGUGUAGAAGCAAAAUAAGUAAAUAUAUAGUUUAAGUUCCCUGAAUAAUCUUCCAGUGUAUUAGGACCAACCAUCAUUUGAAUAAAUUUAAGUAAAAUUUUAUCCAUUUAUUAAAAUGUUGAAUAUUAUUACUAUAUUCACAGGGGAAAAAGCCCUGUGCUGUAUGACCCUUGCAGGUAUAGUGCUUAGUUCAGUUAUGAGGAAAACUAAACUGAUGAGAGUUAUGCAGCACUAGGAAUAGGAGACUAUCAGGUUUGAUUCAAAGAAAGUAGCUCUAGUUCCUUGGAUCAAGCACCCUUCAUCCAGGCACUUCUCCCUUAAAGGGUAAAUAGAGUAUCUGAAUGUUAUUACAUCAUACUAUAGUGCCAUUUUUUUUAUUAUUUUAAAAAUUUAUAAACCUUUUGAUGAGCUUAAUUAUAUGUUGGACUUUGCAAAUUCAUGUUUUAUCAUAAUGUAAUUUUGUUAAUAAACUAUAAGAAAGA